UCGAUAAUCAACCACUUCUCGAGUUGUCCUGCGCAACAUCCGGCUCUGCUGCCGCCGAUUUCUGUGCUCGACGGCAGCUCUGAGAGCUUCGAAUCCACGCCCACCAUGAAAGCCGCGCCCAUAAUCGUCAACUGGCAUGCGGAGAAUGCUCCCAUCUACUCUGCAGACUUCCAACCGCAUGGCAAAGGUCGACUAGCCACCGGUGGAGGAGAUAAUAAUGUUCGGCUCUGGAGAUUGGAUUCUGAAGGUGAGGAUAGAAAGGUUGAGUAUCUAUGUACGAUGGUUAGACAUACACAAGCUGUAAACGUCGUCCGCUGGGCUCCUAGAGGAGAUGUUCUUGCUUCUGCCGGUGAUGAUGGCAACGUUAUUACCUGGGUCCUCGAUACGAAGAACGCAAAGCCUACAUUCGGAGAAGAUGGAAUUGAGGACAAGGAGGCAUGGAGAGCAAAGCACAUGUGUCGUUCAUCAGGGGCUGAAAUCUACGACUUGGCAUGGUCUCCAGAUGGGGUAUACUUCAUUACUGGAAGCAUGGACAACAUCGCCAGAAUCUACAAUGCCCAGAGCGGACAACUGAUUCGACAAGUCGCAGAACAUCAGCACUAUGUGCAAGGAGUAGCAUGGGACCCUUUGAACGAGUACAUUGCAACACAGUCCUCCGAUCGAUCCGUCCAUAUCUACACCUUGAAGACGAAAGAGGGCACAUUUGUCUUAGAUAAUCGAGAUGAGGAUCCGAGGAAGAUUGGUCAUAAUCUGAAGAUGGAUCUUCCUGGACGCCGAAUCUCUUCCAAUAGCCCCGCUCCGCCAGACAUGGGAUUACGAGCACAAAUGGGAGCACAAAUGGCUGCAGAACCUACUUCGAAUGCUAUCGGAUCACCAGUCCCCUCUUGCCCUGGCACACCUACCUCUCUCGCUCUCCCCAUGAAUCCUCCAAGCACCAUCAGCCAUAGCCGCAGAUCCUCCUUUGGGGCAGCAUCACCAGCUAUGUCUAUGCGAAGAUCAGCAUCGCCAGCGCCCUCACUCCCGUUACCGGCUGUCAUGCCCAUGGAAGCAUCACCAAAGCCAUACAAUGUUGGCCUUGGGCUCAAGAAUGCGAGCAUCUACGCCAAUGAUACCCUGAAGUCCUUCUUUCGACGCUUGACCUUCACUCCUGAUGGAAGUCUCCUUUUCACACCUGCCGGUCAAUACCAAACACAGCAGAAGGGAUUGGAGGAGGCAGCAAAGACAAUGUAUGAGGUCAUCAACACAGUUUACAUCUACACUCGAGGUGGAAUCAACAAGCCCCCAAUCGCACAUCUUCCUGGUCACAAGAAGCCUUCCGUGGUUGUGAAGUGCUCUCCUGUUUACUACACAACACGAAAGAACCCUCCUCCCACGAAGCAUAUUACAAUCGAUACCUCCUCCGCAGAAGACGCGCUGGCAUCACUUCCCGAGCCUGCUGUCCCAAAAUCCGAGUCCCACUCGGUCAUGGAGCCACCACCUCCUAUGCCGCAGACCACUGACCCUGCUGGUCCCACUUCGUCGCCGAAGCCCAAGCCUCUGGAGGUGGAGACCAAUUCAUCGACACAAGGACCGACGAUGGCAUUCUCUCUUCCAUAUCGGAUGGUGUAUGCUGUCGCCACAGAAGACUCUGUUUUGAUGUACGAUACUCAACAACAGACCCCACUUUGUGUUGUCAGUAACCUUCACUGUGCGACUUUUACUGAUCUUACAUGGUCUAAUGACGGUCUUACGCUUCUCAUGACCUCUUCUGAUGGAUUCUGCUCCACCUUAACUUUUGCCCCAGGCGAGCUUGGACAACUUUAUACCGGCGAGGUUCCUACAGCGAAGAAUCCUAUGAUCAGUAAUACCACUGCAUCAUCCUCCCAAAAUACUCCAAUGGCAACUCCUACCUCCAUCGCACCGCCAUCUCCGUUUCCCAACAACCAUCACCGCACUUCUUCCUCUGGCAUUGCCGUUGCUCCAUCUCCUCCACCUGGCAUGAAUCGUCCUUCCUCACCUACUCGAUCAAACUCCACUUCAUCGAUAGCCACACAAUCUUCUUACGCAACUCCAGCCGCUGGUACAAUCAUUAGCAAUCCAACUCUUGUCGGAGGAAGCAUGCCAAGCAUUGCUGCCGGAAACAUCAGCUUCAUGAACGGUAUGCCCAUGACUACACCACCCCAAACACCCAGAAGCACAACCAGCAGUGUCAGCGGUAUCAAGAGAGAUGCGAGUGAGAGUGAGAAGGAGGAUGGAGCUCUAGGUGGCGAGAAGAAGAGAAGACGAAUUGCACCAACUCUCGUGAACGAGCAGAAUGGUAGCUCAGCGUCAUAACCUCUGACGAAAUUAUUUCCUUUGUUCUUUAUUUCCGGUGUUAGGG